UUUUCCGUGGCAUGGCGACGCUUGCAUCCUUCUCGAGUCGGUUGGGCGCCGUCGUCCGCGAGCUGGCCUCAAAGAAGGGGCCUGGCGGAUGGUGCGGCCGUCACAUGGCCGCGGCGGAGCGCGCCAUCCUUGACCGGAUCCCCCUCGUCGACCUGGUCGUCGAGGUCCGCGACGCCAGGAUACCAUCAACAUCUGCUUUCAAGUGUCUGAGAAAGGCAUGUUGCUCCCAUAAACAAGUCAUUGUGCUGAACAAGGUGGACUUGGCUGAUAACUUCCUAACAGAGAGAUGGUUGAAACACUUCAAGAACCAGAACUAUAUUACUUACGGACUCAAUGCCCACAAUAAGGAUAGUAUCAAGGAGCUACUAAGAAUUCUACGAGCUAGGGUAAAAGAACUAAAGGUUGGCGAGAGUAAUUACACUGCAACUAUACUGCUGACUGGGAUUCCAAAUGUUGGCAAAUCAGCCAUAGCCAAUAGUAUGCAUCAAAUUGGAAGGAUUGGUGCAGCAGAGAAGGGAAAAUUGAAGCAUGCAGUAGUCAACCCACAUCCUGGGGAAACUAAAGAUAUUAGCAGCUAUAAGAUUGCGAGUCAUCCCAACUUAUAUGUAUUGGAUUCACCUGGUAUUCUUCGACUUAAAAUUGCUCACAAUGAUAUGGGUGCCAAACUAGCCUUGACAGGAGCUAUGGAGGACUUCUUAAUAGGUGAGUAUGAUCUUGCUCGAUAUUUUCUAGCUAUUCUCAACUUGUCAGAGGAAUACAAACGAUGGGAGAAGCUAAAAGAUACUCUAGAUGACACAUUAUCCUCGGUUAGCUUGGAGAAACAUGUGGUGGGCCGUGAAACCGUUCAGAGGAAACCGAGGCAAUAUCCUUCAGAUCAUACACAGGACUUUAUUGUCAAAGAUGUUCGUCAAACCCUAUUCAAGACUAUUUCUUCAUUUGAGGGACAUUUGGAAGAGGAAAAUAACAUGGAGAAAAUUAUUGAAUCUCAGUUUAUAGCGCUGCAAGAGGCUCUAAAAGUUUCUUCGGAGUCAAGUGAGGACAGAUAUAAAGCAGUUGCUGUAAAGUUGUUGAACCUUUAUCGAACUGGAAGGCUUGGCCGUUAUACUUUGGAUCUUGUUUCGACUGAAGUUUGACAACUUAACAUUUGAUAAAAUCUUACUUUCAUGAGAGGUAUCGCGUCGCAUCAGAUUGCAAGAUAACUGGCUUGGGGUGAGAGACGCCAGAUUGUUUGUGAGGGCUUGUGCUCCACUGAAAUCAGCCAAACUAAAAUGUCUCAUGUUCACACAGCAUAGUUAUGGUGAUUCGAUAGCAUAUCCGGAGAGCUGUCUUGUGCUCCUUCCAUCUCACUUGUACGGCACAAAUGCCGCAUGGGAUAUCAAAGAUAGAGAUUUAAAUUGAUCGUGGAAUCUCAAGAAUAGAAUCCGGUGAGCAAAGAAUCGUCCCUUUCCAGCUAGUCUUUCUUGUCAUUGUUUCUUUCUGAGCUAAAAAUUUUAGUCGUCUCAAGGAUUGUAUGGAUCUGAAACAUAAUGACGAUGGUUCCCAACACGUGUAGCCGAUCCAAACUAUGAACGCCAAUGGUAACUGCUGUAGUAUCUGACUUUUAUCAUUAAUUAGAUAGGGGUUUAAGUAUCAUAUGUUAAUAGACUCGAGCAUUA